AUGGCUGCUUUAGUACAAACUUUGCCAGCUCACACUACAACAGUCACAAUGGUCGGUCGUCCCUCAUCUUCAGGAGGAUAUCCCUCCCAGAGCCAUCAAGGCCAGAUCAGGAGCCAGCAGCCGAGCCGCUACAAUAACAUGUCAGCGACCGGUUACAGAGGCAUGCCCGCCAGUGGACCGGUGGCUCCUUACGCGUUUACGUCCACACCGCAGUUGGCCAGCUCCAGCGGCAAUUCUCGCCCGCCCAACGUCAGUUCCGGCCGAUCGAUGUCUGCUCCUAGAGUUCCUCAAACACAAUCUGGAUCCUCUUCCCACGAUCAUUCAACGACCUCUACUGGUCAUACAAACGUCGAUCCUGGCAGCCGACCUCUGUCUUUAGGUCUUCCUCAGAUCCCGUCCACCGGCUCAUUGCUGGGACCACCAUUGCCUAGUCCCCCUGCAGCCUCGGGAGUGCCCAAGCCCUCACCAGAUCGGUAUAGAAGGAACACGCGGCGUGUCGAAGGAGAGAAUGGUUCCACUAGGACAUCUACUGGCUCUGCCUGGCCUUCAGGGUCUGGCAUGGCCGCUGUUGGCUCGCUCUACAACCACCCGUCUCAGUCGAACAGUACUCCGUCCUUGAAUUCCCAACACUCUUACCGAAGCUCUCAAUACGGCAACACUGGUGCGUCGAGGAACUCCAGUGCCGAUGAUCUUCAAUUAGGUCGACCUCAGAGCACCGAACUCGCUGCAAGGUAUCGUAGACGGAGUUUCGGCAGCAUUGAAACCGCCGGUCUCAACCAUUCAGUUGACACCCAGCAAACGAUGUCUCCACAUCCAAACGCGUUCCUCCCUAGCCAGAGUCAGAAUGGGCCGGCAAAAUCACAAGCUCCAUCCCACCAUAACCACACAGGAAGCUCUGAUAGCGUUGCCUCGUCAAAGUCGACUCAGUCAUCACGCCCUGGUUCAGCCCGGGCCGAACAGCCUGUGGCCAGCACACAUGUCUCUGGCGCCGGUGUAUCUACUUCGGCCCGACCAGACGCGCGACCAGCGGGAAUUACACGACCGGGAGACUCUAGCAUUCGCCAGCGGUCACCUCUGUCCCGUCCAGUUGAAUUCCAGGCCGAAAGUUCAGAACCCAUGUCCAUGGGUCGUGCUGCACCAACUUUAGCCCAUCGGCGCUCGGGGAAUCUAGCUGCAAGCAGUCCAGCUGCGGAACACCUUGCUGCCCUAAACCAAAAAGAAGCAAAGAAGCCGAAAUCGAAAUUGCGGAGGGCCUUCUCGUUUGGCAGUACUGCAGAGCUCAGACAAGCUACAACCCAGAACAACCAUGAGAAGAGCAUCGCCAGCAAGGCUGCCAUCUCAUCGAAGAGGACCUCCAAGUAUGAGGAAGAGCUGGAUCCAGAACAGGCAAGGAUUGCUCAAAAGCAAGAAGCGGCAGGGCUGGGCGAGAGCAUAUACUCCGGUCAGGGUAAUUUCUUUACCGGCUCAACUGACAACCUGUCCAUCUCUUCCACCGCAUCUUCCGCUUCUGUGAUGCUCCGUAAAAUGGGCAAAGGCGUCAAGAAAGGCACUCGGUCUCUUGUGGGAUUGUUCCGCCCCAAGUCCGUGGUGGGAGUACCUGCUGCCGAUGGCCCGGUCAACCAAGCCACAGUAGCUCAAGUCUCCAUGGUUACGGUCGAAGCAGAACGAGAAAAGGUGAAUGUCAACCCCAGCCCUCAUGACCAGGUCGGAGGUGGGACUGGAUUUCCUAAACUUGAGCGGAAUUCCAUCGAGACCAAACUGUCAUUCGAUAGCGGAACAGUGUCAAGCGAUACGCGUUCCCGUCGAAGCAUUGUUGGUGGAGAAAGGGAGCGAGCAGAGGUUCUCGCUGCUGUGAAGAAAGGCAUCCUCAAGCGAUCAGACUCGAAUCAACCGUCGCCAAACCUCCGAGCAUAUGACUUUAAAGUGCCGGACUUCAACCUACCACAUAUCCCCCACGUUAACGACUCACCCAAAUCCAGUGCACCAAGCACGCCUGGCGAUGAGACUCCUCGAUCGGGGCAUCGUCGAACCGACUCUAUUACAAUCGAAGGCAGCGAUCACGACGACUAUUUCUCUUCAAUGACCCGAUAUGCCAGCAUAGACUCCAGGAAUGCACCAAUGACGCCCCAGGGUCUGAUCAGAAACAUUUCUUUCAGUCCGAGAAUCCAGUUUCACGACACUUGGCCAAGUGCAGAAUACGAUCGUCGCGGAGACAUUGCAACUUGCAAUCGUUUGACGCCAAUGCUGGCACAGCAGAUCAAGGAGGAACUCAAUACCUUCAAAAUGGAAAUGGAGGUUCACGAGUCUUCCAAAGUCUACACCCAUUUUUUCUAA